AUGAGGUCAUCCUCUCACUCAGAGUCAGCUGGUGGAGGAGAGAAAGAGGGAGGGAGGAAGAGGGGAGGAAUGUACAGGUCCGAGUACCGCCGCGGCGGCUGCUGCUGCUGCUGGCGGCGGUGGCUCCGACAGCAGCAGCCACCAGGCAUCAUGGCCGCUAAGUCAGACGGGAGGCUGAAAAUGAAGAAGAGCAGCGACGUGGCUUUCACCCCGCUGCAGAAUUCGGACCACUCGGGCUCAGUGCAGGGAUUGGCUCCAGGUUUACCAUCGGGGUCUGGAGCUGAGGACGAGGAGGCGGCUGGGGGUGGCUGCUGUACGGACGGCGGUGGCGGCGGCGGUGGCUGCUCCCGGUGCUGCUGCUGCGGUGGCGGCAGCAGUAGCUCGGGCGGCGGCUCGGGGGUCUCCGGUGGUGGCGGUGGGGGGGGCUCCUCCUCACUGUGCCUGCGUUUAGGCAGGGAGCAGCAGCGCUACUCGUUGUGGGACUGCCUCUGGAUCCUGGCCGCUGUGGCAGUGUACUUCGCGGAUGUGGGUACAGACAUCUGGCUCGCAGUGGACUACUACCUGAGGGGUCAGCGCUGGUGGUUUGGACUCACUCUCUUCUUCGUGGUACUGGGCUCUCUUUCAGUGCAGGUGUUCAGCUUCCGCUGGUUUGUGCACGAUUUCAGCACCGAGGACAGCUCCACGGGCACCUCAGCCACAGCAGCUGCCACAGCUUCCUCAGCUUCUGGUUGCCCACAGCCUGCAGCUGACUGCAAGACAGUGGUCAGCGGUGGGUCUGCAGUUGGAGAAGGAGAUGCUCGUCCUUCAACACCGCAAAGGCAAGCUUCAAAUGCUAGCAAGAGCUAUACCACCACCAACAGCACCAACAGCAGCAGUGCCACCCGGACCGGCGGCAAGAACAGGUCGGCGUCCUGUUCCUUCUGCAUCUGGCUCCUGCAGUCACUCAUCCACAUCUUGCAGCUCGGGCAAAUCUGGAGAUAUUUCCACACCAUAUACUUAGGCAUCCGAAGCCGCCGGAGUGGGGAGAACGACAGAUGGAGGUUCUACUGGAAGAUGGUGUAUGAGUAUGCAGAUGUGAGUAUGCUGCAUUUGCUAGCCACCUUUCUGGAGAGUGCUCCACAACUGGUCCUGCAACUCUGCAUUGUCGUUCAGACUCAUACUUUACAGGCCCUCCAAGGUCUCACUGCCGCAGCCUCCCUCGUGUCCUUGGCUUGGGCAUUGGCCUCCUACCAGAAAGCCCUUCGGGACUCUCGGGAUGACAAGAAACCUAUCAGCUACAUGGCUGUCAUUAUCCAGUUUUGCUGGCACUUCUUCACCAUCGCUGCCAGGGUCAUCACCUUUGCCCUCUUUGCCUCUGUUUUCCAACUCUAUUUUGGGAUCUUCAUCGUCCUCCACUGGUGCAUCAUGACCUUCUGGAUCGUCCACUGUGAGACAGAAUUCUGCAUCACAAAAUGGGAGGAGAUCGUCUUCGACAUGGUAGUUGGGAUCAUCUAUAUCUUUAGUUGGUUCAAUGUCAAGGAAGGCAGGACACGAUGCCGGCUCUUCAUUUACUAUUUUGUGAUUCUUUUGGAAAAUACUGCCUUGAGUGCCCUCUGGUACCUAUACAAGGCUCCCCAGAUUGCAGAUGCAUUUGCCAUACCAGCACUGUGUGUGGUAUUCAGCAGCUUUUUAACAGGCAUUGUUUUUAUGCUGAUGUAUUAUGCCUUCUUUCACCCCAACGGACCCCGUUUUGGGCAGUCACCAAGCUGUGCUUGUGAGGACCCGGUAGCAGCCUUCACUCUGCCCCCAGAAGUGGCCACAAGCACUCUAAGGUCCAUUUCCAAUAACCGCAGCGUCGCCAGUGAUCGGGAUCAGAAGUUUGCAGAGCGGGAUGGGUGUGUGCCUGUCUUUCAGGUGAGACCGACCGCCCCUUCCACCCCAUCCUCCCGACCACCAAGGAUUGAAGAGUCAGUCAUUAAAAUUGACCUGUUCAGGAAUAGAUACCCAGCCUGGGAGAGACACGUGUUGGACAGAAGCCUAAGGAAGGCCAUCUUAGCUUUUGAAUGUUCCCCCGCUCCUCCGAGGCUCCAGUACAAAGACGACGCUCUUAUUCAGGAGCGGCUGGAGUACGAAACUACUUUAUAG